UGUCGCCUUUCACUAAAUUUCCUGUUUGAAAAAAAUAAUUUCACUUUGAUGAUCAAGUAUUUGUUACACAAGGCAAUUUCAUCACCAUUAUCAUUCUCAGCUUCUGGCUAUCAUUUCUAUCACUUUUUUCAUAUGCAAACAAAAUGAGAAAAAGAAAAGGGAACAAUCCUGAUUUGUAAACAGUAACAAUGAGCACUACAAGUCAUCAAUGGUGGGAGUGGCCACUUUGUUUUGUAUUUGUCAUUUAAUGACCCACUGCCUUAACUCAUAAGCAAAGAUACUAGCACUUGAUUUUAAGAAAAAGAGCAUGCUUAAACUGUUCGAGGGACAAUAGAGGAACAUAAAAAGUACAUUAUUUUCCACCUUUUAUCUUCUUUGCUUACCCGAUCCAUCAUUUAAGCUUUUUUUUUUUUUUUUGCUUUUUCACCAUCCUUUCGAACUUUGUUAAAAUAUCAAUUCAAAGGGGUCUAUUUAACAAAUGAAUUGCUGGUUUUCAUCUAAUUUCAAGAUGAUUCUCUUUGAAGUGAUGAGUGUCAAGAAAAGUAGAAAAUUUCAACUGUCAAGCAUUUAUGGAUGGCUAGGCCUUCGAAAGAUAAGAUUAGGAUGGCCAUGGUGUCUGAUUCCAGGAUUUGGUGGGUUGAUUUGUCAAGUAGUACUUGCUAGUUUCAUUCAAAAGGUGGUUCAAUGAGAUUACUAGUUUAACCCUAUUAAUUUAAUAGAAGGGAAACUACACAGGCAGGCAGGCAGGCAGCCUGCAAAUUGAAUUAGAUCCUUAUCAAUUCAAUAAGUUGACCGACUGACUGUGACUUUUGGGGUUUAUUCCCUUCUUUUUCUUUAAUAGAUGGUAGGGUUUGAAAGGUGGUGGGGAGGUAUUAAAAAAAAACAUAAAUGGGGGAGAUGGUGUGGAUGCAGAAACAUCCUUGAGAACAAAGUAAAGGGUAGCUUAGGAAAUUUAUAGACAAUGAAUGGGCCUGAAAUAUAAUAAUAAUGGUUAAUGUAACUCCAAAAACAUUGAAAUCCAUCAUCAGUGGCUAAAAAGUAAAAGAAAAAGAUGAUGACUUUGUGGCAGUCAAAGCCUAAAAAUAAGGUACCUUGAGCAACUGAAACACCAACACCAACAGCAGCAUCAAGAAGACAAGAAGAACAAACACAUCAGGAAAGAGCAUCAUCUUAUUUUCUGUCCUCGCACACACACACACUGCUUUAUUUUCAACAACCAACAACCCACAGGGACAUGGCAUGAAAAACAAAGGAAACAUGGGGAAAACUCCACGCACGUACUCUCCAAGACUCAAGUCCACACAUCACCCUCUUUCUUAAAUGGACCAGCUCAGCUCUGCUGGACCAAAGUUUUUAUGUAGAAGAUAAACCAAAAAGAAUAGAUAGGGGGAUGAUAAUAUAGGUGUCUUCCAAUGUGCUCCAUCCAACUCUCUCAAACCAAUUAAAAACAUGUUUACCACAAAUACCCUUCUGCAACCCCCCCCAAAAAGUCAUCUUCAUCACUGUCUCUACUCUCUAAAGAUCCCAUUUUUUUUUCACCCAGUUAUGUGGGCUUCUUUGUCUUGGUCACAGUUUUCACAGAGUAAACAGGAAAGCCAGAACCUUCCUCUCUCUCUCAACACUUUUUCUUUCCUUUUUUAUUAUUUCUUGCCCUCAUCUCUUUAUUUCUUGUCAAAUACCCUUGUCUCUUUCUCUUCUCCAUAUUUGUGGGUCUCUUAAUCUCAUCCCUGUGCUCUGAAACAUGAAGAAGAUGAAAGGGGUUGCUGCUUCUGUGGAGUAUUCUCCAUACCCCAUAUACGAGGACCAAAGGAACAGGUUCAAGCACCACAGCCUUAUGCAAGACUUCGACGACUUGUUCAAGGAAACAGAGGCUAUGAGAAAGAGAUUGCAGGUUUUGAAAGAUAAAAAGUUGACCCUUUUGGCUGAAGUUCGGUUUUUGAAACGGAGGCACAAGUUCUUGAUGCAAAACCGAACUUCGAACACACCGGCAGAACAAAGCUUUGCGCAUUCACAAAAUAAGGUGAUCAGAAGUAAACCAAAUACGGAGGAAAAGAAAUCGACCGGAAAGGAACAUACUUUGGGGCGCCUAGCUACUGGUUUCGAUUUGAACCAGAAGGUAAAGACCAAGGAAACCACUUUAGCUCAUCCUUGUCCUAUGUUUGACUUAAACCAAAAGCAACAGAAAGUUUUCAGCGAAAAGCAGGAAGUUACUUUGCGAACUAGUUUACCGGCUCUCGACUCAUACCAGAAGGAAAGGCCUUAUAGCGAAAAGGAGGCUACUGCUCGAAGCAUGGCGCCGGUUUUCGAUUUAAAUCAGAUUUCGACAGAGGAGGAAGAACUACAAGCUAAUAAUAACUCAAUGGGAGUAGAGGAAUUGAAGAGAAGUUCACUCAGAAUAGGAAGUGAUGAGCAGCACAAUGAUAUUAAACUAUCAGCGUGCUGGAACACCGGAAAUGGCCCGAACCGAGUCGGAAAACGGAAGAUCACAUGGCAAGAUCAGGUGGCAUUGAAGGUUUAAGUCUCUUGUGAUGGGAAGUGCUUAGCUUUAAGGGGUUUGGGAAUUAUUAGUUUAGCUUGCCGCCCUCCUCUGGCUCUAUUAUUCUCGCUUUUGUAAAAAAAGGAAAUAUAGUUUGCAUUUAAUGAAUUUAUAAAAGAUAAAUAUGAAUAUCGAUGCUUAUCCUAAACCAAAA